AUGGCAACCACCAACCUCCCCAAGAACGCACACGUGUCCACCCAUCCUUGUCUUCAGGCAAAACUCUCCCAGCUACGGUCAGCAAGCACAGGUUCCCGUGAUGCACAGACGCUGGUUCAUGAAAUCGCCCUCAUGGUGGGCUAUGAAGCCCUCGCCUCAGGAUUGAAGUCACAGCAGGGAAGCACAGACAAGUCGCCCUUGGGAUAUGAGUACACAACGAGCACCACCUCACCCGCCCCCUCUGCCAUAUCGCUCGUGCCUAUCCUCCGCUCUGGCCUCUCCAUGGUCCCUGCGCUCUCAUCCCUCCUCCCUACCCCAGUCCCCAUCCACCACCUGGGUCUCUACCGCGAGAAGACGACCCUGCAACCAGUCGAGUACUACAACAAUCUGCCCUAUCACACCCCGCACACGUCUGGCGCCACCAAGCCCCAGCCCGAGCUGGCCAUCAUUGUCGAUCCCAUCAUUGCGACCGGUGCGACGGCUUGUGCGGCUAUUGAUACGCUCAAGGACUGGGGUGUUAAGAAGAUCAUUGUCUGCAGUAUUCUGGCUACCGAGGAGGGGCUUCAAAAGGCCUGUAGUGAGUGGGAGGAGGGCGUUGAGGUGUGGGUUGGCGCGUGCGAUAAGGGUGUUGAUGACAAAGGCAUGAUCAAGCCGGGACUAGGCGAUAUUGGAGACAGGCUAUUCUUGACACUGGGAAAAUAA